CUGAGAGCGGACGUGGUCGUGUCUGCAGCGUCAGACUGGGCGGAGCUACCGGACCUUCUUCGUCAAGCGCGGGAUGAACGAUACGAUCGUGGAGGGCCCGAUAAAUCAGAAAAGGGCGUGCACUUGAGGACGAGAAGCGUUGUGGGAAGGGCUGAGUUGGUGGAGAGGAGUUAAGGGCAUCAGCCGCAGAUGAUAUUAAAGUAGUCAUGAAGCAUGCAUGGAGCUUGAUUUGCUAUCGAGUAUACUGGCCCAUGAUACCCCGCCAUCGCACCCCAGGUUCACGGUCCCAGAAGUGACGGAUUCCCCAGGUCUAGGCGUGCUGCGGAUACUGCAAUCGGUUCUUCCGCUUCUGACAGAGUCCGAAGUUGCAUGUGCUCCGGCGGUUGCUCUCUGUCAUUCCCAGAUCGCUCCGUGAAAGUGCUUGGACGGGUGCCAAAAACGACUUUAAAGUUCUGACAUUACAUCUCAGCCGGUGAGAGGACAGAAUGGAAGAGAAUCACCUGAUCGUCGCCCUUUCCAUGAAAUUUCGCAGCUGCGUAGCUGUGGAGUUCGCGAAUGGGAGGAGCACAUGCAUUCUCCAGAUCUACCUAUCCGAGGUGUGCGCGUCUGUUGCCCAGAGCACUAUAAAACAGCGUACUCGGAACAGAAUGCACACCACCUGCGCCCAGGUAUUGUGUGAGAUACCGCAUCGCGAGCAUCCCAGGGUUUCCUCUACCGUUGGGCUGCACGCGAUCACCUCGCCUCUCUUCCAGUGUGUCUGUAACUUGAUUCAUUCAUCAUAAGUCUCCAUAUUCUCUAC